ACAGCUGUUUGUUGUUUAUUUCAAGCAUUUCACGCAGUCCAGAUUCAGAUCUCCCGAAUCGCAGAGUUCCGUUUGCUUCAUCAUGCUGUUUCCGGAGGACAAAAACUUUACCCGAGCCAAACCGGAGGGCGGCGAGUUCAAGCGGCUGCAGGUGCCGUACCAGUAUCGCUCGGACAAGUUCCACUUCAAGACGAAGGACUUUAAACAGUUUGCCCACAUCUACGCGAGCCGGCUGGAAGAGAUGGUCCGCCUCAUGAAAGUCCGGGUUGAGCAAAAGUGGGGUUCCAAGUAUCCCGUCAAACAGCUGGCCGACCUGAAGGAGGACAAUCCGGAGCAGUGCGUGCUCAUCGGGACGUUGUUCAAGCACCAGGAGCUGAAGCCGAGCAUCUUAAGGGAGAUUUCCGAGGAGAAUCAGCUAGCGCCGCAGCCACCGCGGUCGCACUACACCGACGAUGCGGACAUUCUGAUCCUGGAGGACGCUUUGCAGCGGAUUCGACUAUUUGGCAAGCUGGACGUGCACUCUGUGGUGACGGGGGUUGUUUGCGCCGUGCGAGGAAAAGACAGCUACGAAGACGGUGACGGUCGCUUUCACGUCGAAGAAUACCUGUUCUACGAAGCCGGUCCCCAAAAGCCGCUCAAAUUGCUGGAGAGCUCCCCGCUAAUCGUCCUCAUAUCCGGACUGAAUCAGAGCUCCCCCAACGACAUGUCGCUCUCGAUGGAGCUCCUGCAGCAGUGGCUGUUCGGAAACCUGGAAGGGUUCGGCCAGUCCCGCGAUUGGGAAGCGUCUAGCGUGGUUCGCGUCAUCAUCGCCGGCAACUCAAUCAAGGCGUCAUCCAAACCGAAAAGCUCGCUCCACAACCGCCCCGCCAACGAUUCUACAGAUCUGCUCAACGCCGUCAAAUCGGUGGACUCGUUCGUGCACAACCUGGCCCAGUCCGUUAAUGUCGAUCUAAUGCCGGGAGAAUUCGAUCCCUCAAACCACAUGCUUCCUCAACAACCGAUGCACCAGUGUAUGUUCCCACGCUCAAUCCCAUUCCAGAGCUUCCGAGGCGUACCAAAUCCGUACGCAUUCGAAAUGGCCGGCCGCUCAAUCGUGGGAACUUCCGGCCAGAACGUGCACGACAUUGCCCGCUACUCCAAAAUCGAAUCCCCCCUCGAAGCACUCGAGGGCACUCUCAUCUGGAGUCACCUAGCUCCCACUGCGCCCGACACGCUGCCCUGCUAUCCGUACUACCAGCAAGAUCCGUUCAUCGUCGCCGAGUGUCCUCACGUGUACUUUGCAGGAAACGUUGCCGAGUUUGGGACGAAACUGUGGGAAGGACCAGAGGGACAGCGAACGCGACUGGUUUGCGUUCCUUCGUUUGCCGAUACGCAAACCAUUGCGGUAGUGAAUCUGCGGACGCUGGACUGUCAGCCGGUUUGCUUCGCGGUGAAUGAGUUUGAGGACGGGGAGGAGUGAGGAAGUUACUGGGGGUGAUUUGCGAUUAAUAAAUGUUGUAUUAAUAAUUAUGUA